UCCUCUCCCCUCCCCUCCCCUCCUCUCCUCUCCUCUGCCUCAUAUCCCGAGUUGUUGUUGUUAGUGAUGGAGACGCAAGAGUUCGUGGUGUGAGAAGUGUGAGGCUCGAGUGAAAAAGUCCCGGAACCAGCAUGGAGACCGUGGAACAACUCGUGACCUUUAAUCACAUCCACGUCGAGUUGAACGGAGGUGCUCCGUGGGGAUUCACGCUAAAAGGAGGACUGGAGCACGGAGAGCCGCUCAUCAUAACAAAAAUAGAAGAAGGAGGAAAGGCAGCUGAGUGUAAGAAGCUGAGGGUUGGAGACGAACUGGUCAACAUUAACGGAUCUGCACUCUUCGGCUCCCGACAAGAAGCUCUGAUCCUCAUCAAAGGCUCCUACAGAGUCCUCAAGAUUAUUGUUCGCAGACGUACUGUGCCGCUGAUUCAUCCUCAUACCUGGCACUUGGUGAAGUUAGCAGAAGAACCCUCCGUGCCUGGUUCAGCAGGCAGUUCAGACGGCCCAUUGGCCAUGCAGCUCCACCCCACACCCUUCAGUGUACCGUGGCACUCUGGGGGUGACAGUGAGCUGUCCAUGCCAUUGGGCCACCUCUCCCAGCAGUACAGCACAGAUCGCAGCAGCUCUGUGGGGAGUAUGGAGAGUCUGGAAAACCCUCCAAGUCAGGGUUACUAUGAAAGCCAGCUCUCUCCCAUUGACCCUGCCAUCUUUAAUAAUAAACGUGAUUCGGCUUAUAGCUCUUUCUCUGCAAGCUCAAACGCAUCUGACUACACUGUUUCACUGCGGCCUGAGGAAAACAGCUCCAUGGACAGUCUCCUGCAGGGUUUUGGCCCCUCCUGCAGGUUCACAGAGGUACAUCCACAUUCUACUAGUAGUGGCCCAGGAGAAUCGAACUGUGAGACAGGGAUUCUGAAAUCUAGGUCUCUGCCUUAUAGGCCUGAGGCAAAAGUACGUCCAUCAUCCUAUAGUUACGAAGAAAACAAGUGUGGACCUCCACUGCCUCCCAUGAGGAAGGAUAGUUUUAGGGCUACCAGGGGCCAACCAGAGGUGUUGGAUAAACGUUGUGUCUCUGCUCCUGUUGGUGUAUCACCUUUGACUAUUGAAGAUCCUCCUGAUAUCCACAAAUCAUUGAAUGGGAGUCUUAAUAGUCAAGAAAAUGAACAGGACUUGAAGGAAAACAAAGCAGAACCUUAUUACACCAUAAAUCCCCAAAAGGAUUUGUUUAUAGAUAACCCAAUCAGCUCAACAGAGGGAUACCAAAAGAACAGUCACUUCCAGUCCCUAGAGAGUCAUUCAUCCAGGCCCAGUCCUGCAGCAGAAGAGAGUCUUGAUAGUCAACUCCAUCAUUUAGAGAACGAUCUACAGCCUAGAAUGCACAGACAUAGUGUCCCAGACAAAUUACUUGUCUCUCAGUUACACAUAAUGGAGCUCUCCAGUAACAAUACUGCACAUUCUAUGUCCCCUUCUAACCUGUGGUCUAAUCCUCUGCAUCCCAGGGGGGAACUAAUUGAAGACAGUCCAGAUGUAGCUCAGGAUAAAUGGGGAGGAAGCAGGUGCUCCACACCUGGUUCACUGACCAUUUCAGAGCUAGAAGAACAUGGGGUGGAGGGAGAAUCAUUUGAUUCAGGGCAAAGACUUACUCCUGUCCAGCAUACUUGGGGAAGAUCUGUCAGUGUUCCAGGUGAAACUAUAGGAAACGGAUUUGAUGGGUCUGGAUCCUGCAUAGACUCUCAACUUCAAGAAAGAGGUUUUGAAACGAUUAGUGCUGCAACCAGCAUGGACACUCUACUUGAGAACCAGGAAGAAGGAGAAUGCAAGGCAGAUGGUGAUAUUUCAAAGCCUUCUCAAAAACGACAAUUUCGUUCAUCAAAGUCUCGCCGUCGAAGUGAACGUUUUGCCACAAACCUUCGCAAUGAAAUCCAGAGGAAGAAGGCUCAGCUACAAAAGAGCAAAGCCCCAGUUGGACUUCUAUGUGAUGGUGAGACUGUAGAGGAAGAGGAUAUGGAAGAAAAAUCCCCAUCAGAGGUGCCAGCCAUCCAUCAACACAGGUCUCAAACACAGACUAGUCAAUACAACAGCUUCCAGAAUUUUCCUCCAUCUCAGGCCAGGCCAGUUGACUCAAAUUCAGCAUUUCCAGGCAGAUGCUGUGGAACAAAUUCUGCAGAGCAUUCAAAGAGCAGGACUGAAGAUAUCCAUCUUUCACAGGAUGAAUCCCAUGGAAUCCAGUCAGCUGAGACAAACAGACCUGUAUGUGUGCGUGUGGUCGAAGAGUUGGCACCACCAGGUAAAGCCAGACGUUGGCGCUGGACACCUGAACACAAACUGCAACCAGAAAUAGAAUCAACUGAAACCAAGAAAAAUAGUCAAGGAACAGCACCGUCUUCUUGGAACCUUGUAACAACAAGAGGAAGAGUGGGUUCUUCAGUUGGGCGCUCUACCCGAGCUGAUGACUGUGAUAUCCCACCUUUUGCAGACCGCAGGAAGUUUUUUGAGGAGACUAGUAGAAACCUGAGCCAGUCUGUCACCAACCUGGCAGGCCUUGCAUGCAUCCGCCAGAGACCAGAGAAGCAUGGGAGAAAGAAAGGUCUGACUUCUCCAGAACCUCUUGAGUCAGUCCCUGACCUUGGACGCAGGAGGUUCUCUUAUCAGGGUGGACUUAAUGAUGGAACCUCAGUAAAUUUAUUUGAUACUAGAAGAAAAAAUGUGCAGCAAGAGAGAGAGACAGAAAAUACACUAGAGGGAGAAUGGGAGAAGGAAAUAGAGAAACAGAGGGAAAAAGAACGAGAACAAGAAAUGUAUACAGAACAGGAGAAGCUACAUGCAUGGGAAAAGGAGCAUGAGAGGGAGAGAGAGAGGGCGAGAAAGGAAACUGAAAGAGAUCAGCAGAGAGUGCAACAGAUGGAGAGAAACUGGGAAACCAGCAGAGAUCGCUUCCAUGCAGGACAUGGUGUCAACAAGAUCCCAGUGCUACCACCUUUGCCUCAGGACAGCCUUAAACAGCCACUUAUGGCUCAAAAUAUAACUCUGCGUAAUUCACACUCUGACAGUUUUCAUAACAAGACCAACACUGACAUCCAAAAGCCAUAUUCAGCUUUCCGACCUGUAACCAGCCAGCAGUGUCAUUCUGACCACUACUAUCUACGCCCUGGAUUCAAGGCCAGAAGCUGCACUCCAACAGAGGCUUUUCCGGUACAUGUGUUGGAACAAACAAAACUAAGAAGGAAGUUUAGCCUGACUGAAAGGGACUACACUCAGUGUAGACGAGAUUCAAGACCGGGAGAGGUUAUUGCGGGUAGGGGGUUUCAGUGUCAGUGGAACAACAGGCUAUGCCGUUUCAACAACGAGGAUCAACCAAUCAUGUCAUCAACCCUUACAAACCGCACCAUGUCUGAAAAUGAUAUCCGUAUGGAGACCAAGUGUGUUCGUAGCCAUGGUGCAGCUGCUACCAAUAAUAGCAGAAUGUCUUCGUCCACCGUCAUGGAACUGGAUGAAAACGUGUCUUUAGUUGAGACAAAGAAGAAAAAAGGUCCGCCUCCUCCUCGGCCUCCACCCCCAAAAUGGGAGCAGUUCCAUAAGAGAAGGGCAUCUCACCACAGUCUGUUCCCUUCCCAAACUGCUUCUUCUUCCCAGCUCCAAACAUACACACCCCGUCCAUCCACUACCCAAGAAAUGACUCGUCAGCGGUCCUACAGCCUUCCUCCAAGAGAAGAUACAGAACAUCACCAAUCUGUGCUAAACCCUCCCUUAAAUAACAGAGCUUUCAAACCUGUCGCCCUGCCUCCAAAAGAACGAGACACUAUCAGAACUCAGCACUUUGAUACAAACUGUUCAGGAGACACACCAGCAUCCUCGAAUGAGUCAAGCCAAAGACUUUCUGAGCAAAGCAUUGCCCAGCCUUCAGAUCAAUACAGGCCAGCUGUGGUGAAACCAGUCAUUUAUAAGCAUAGAGCAGAGUGGGACUUGACUUCUCCUCACAACUACACAGUGAGCAACAUUGUUAGCAUGUCAUCAGUCCCGGUUCCUACUUUGGAGAAUGGCCGUUGUUCUGGAUCUGUCAAUCCUGAGUCCUACUUCACAAUGAACCACAACAACGAGCAGCAUUUACAGAAUGAGCUUCAGCAAAUCUGCAUGCCUGGCACCACCAUUAAGACUCUAGAGCCUUCUACCCAAAGUAUAACUCCCAGCAACCAUCAAGCCUUGCCCUAUGAGACAGACAUAGAUGAGUUCCGUGAGAACGAGGGAACAUCAGUGGAGCAGCAAAGGCCAGCAGAACACAGGACAGAGAUGCAGUGUUUUGCUCAGCCAGUGACAGUGCUGGAAACAGACAUUGACACUGUGACUGAAGAAGAGGCUCCAUCAUCAGGGAUGAGGAGAGGGCAAAGAGCAUCCAUUGUGGUCUCUUUAAUGGAAGAGGAUUGUGGCAGAGCUGGAAAGGAGCUAAUGGGAGAGCUGUUCCCUCACUAUGCAGGAAGUGGAGCCGAAGGCUGGCGAGGAGGCAACAUAGUUAGUGGAGACUUGAUAGAGAGGUCUUCUAGACAGAGCCCCUCAUUACCUCAUUCAGAGCUUAGACAGGGAUCUUCCUCUACCAGCCACAGAGGAUCCACCAACAAAGCUCAACUCCUUAAUAAAAUGCCAAACUUCAUGGAGAUGAAAGAAGAGGAUGAAGAGCUUAAUUAUAAGAAGCAGCUGAUGGAAAGCUUGCGCAAGAAGCUGGCUGUGUUGCGUGAAGCCCAAAGAGGUUUGCAGGAGGACAUCCGAGCCAACGCUCAGCUCGGUGAGGAGGUGGAAAGCCUGGUGUUGGCCGUGUGCAAGCCAAAUGAGGUGGACAAGUUCCGUAUGUUUAUUGGAGACCUGGACAAAGUGACGAGUCUUCUGUUAUCACUCUCCGGCAGGCUACUCAGAGUGGAGAGUGCUCUGGAUUGCCUGGACCCAGAAUCAGGCCAUCGUGAGAGGCUCCCCCUGUUGGACAAGAAGAAGCAACUCCUUGCGCAGCUGGCUGAGGCUCAGGAGCUGAAGGAGCAUGUGGACCGGAGGGAGGAGGCCGUGGGCAGGGUGCUGAGUCGCUGCCUGACUCCAGAACAAUUGCGUGAUUACAGCCAUUUUGUAAAGAUGAAGGCAGCACUGCUUGUUGAACAGCGGCAGCUGGAUGACAAAAUCCGGCUAGGGGAGGAACAGCUCCGAGGCCUGAAGGAGAGUCUUGGCCUGGGAUAUGGCCCUUACUGAAACUGGAAGUAAAGUACAGGAAAGUUGCAUGUGUGUGUACAUGCACAUGAAUGGGCACACAUGAAAGUUUCCAAAAAAUAAUAGCAGCAAUACUCAAUAUUGUUUGUUGAGAAAUCAGUAACACUAAGCAUUAAAUGUCCACAAAAUCCUACUCUACGCCAGAAAAUGCUGUGUGUUCAUACAUUUGUGUGCAUCUCAUUAAUAUCAAUUGAAGACCUGUCCAUGCACUGCUAUUUAUUUAUUUAUAUCGCUCAGCAAAAUCAGAGAAAGAACUUAAGUUACAUUGCUUUUGUGUUUACUGAGAUUUGGUCACCUGGAGUUUCAUCAAGUCUUCACAAAAAACCUUUGGCCAAAUAAUUCUGUUACAUUUUAUAAGUUGCUUAAAGGAUUUCUGAUAUAAAUGUACCUUAGUUUCAGGAAUAGUGUUAAGCUGUCACAUCACUGAACAACACUGUUAACUGGAAUUUGCUUUGCAAUGAAACAUUCACAGAACCAUCUUUGGAAGAUAUCCAUCUUUUUCUUACUUCGGUAAGUAAGCGCGAUCAGUGUGCAUCUGUUAUUCUGUGGCUAUUGUGUUCUGUUCAGGUAACGGUCCACUUAUUCAGGCAAGACAUAAGCACUGAAGACAUAUUCGUGCCUUCGUAUAUAUUUCAUUAUAUAAAGUGCUUUACUGCAUUUUUCUCAAGUGAUAGCUGACUUUUUGAUGCCAAAGAUUACGUUCAUGUCUUAACUCAAAAACAGAAGUAUGGUGCUUAUUUUGGAGAACUACAUGCAGUAGCCUAGACUUUAAAGGAAAUUCUUGCUGUAGCUGUUUAUUCAGUGCAGCUGUGUUAACAUUUUGAUCAUUUAAAACAGUUCUUACAUUCCUUGUAUUUAAUGCUCAUGCCUGCAGUGUUGCAAAUGUCACGUGUAAUAUAAUGUCAUUUUUGUUUCUGACUGAGCAAACUGCUUUUUAAUAUCCUUAUCCUCUUUAGAGGAAAGAAUGCUGCUUUAAUGUACAUUUAAUGUGUUUUCAACCAACAAUAUAUUAAAACAAUGUAAUGUUGGGAUUAAUCUUUUUUUUUUUCCUUCUUCAGAACUGCCUUUUAGUUUUAAAGAGUGCCAAAGAUGAAUGUGCAUUUGUUACAGUAAACAGCUAAAAACUACGUUCAUGUAUACUUUUUUUUUUAUACCCAAUGUAUAUACUGCCUCAUCCGUUUUUUUUUUUUGUUGUAUCAUACUUUUAUAAAUUCCUUCAUGCCGGAUAUGUAUGAAAAUAAUUGGAACAACUAUAAGUUGCUAAGUUUCCCUAAUUUUUGUUUGUAAAGAUCCAGUGUGGAAUGUGUACUAUUGAUUAUAGAUUAUAAAUAUUUUAAA